AUGGAGGCAGCAGGCUUCAUGAGCUAUACUGCAGUCAGCCACCAGGGGGCGGUAGAGAGGGUUUGGCUCAUGUCAUCCAUCUUUAUGUCAAUAGUUCGCCUGCAGCCUCUGAGGACAGAGAGCGUCUCUGUUGCUGCAGCCGGUGGUUCGGUGAAGAUAGCGAGCAGAGCAGAAAGUGAGAGCGGUUCUCCUGGAGGAUCCACGCUGCAGCUGCAGGCUGUUCGUAAGAUCAGCGCGAGCCCAGCAGCAUUUCCACAGACCAGGGUGUCCAUUCUGGUGAUGCCCAUCAGCGCGCUCUACACGGUCAGCCAGACGUGGACGCUGGGGCAGGUGGUGUGCGACAUCUGGCUGUCCUCGGAUAUAACGUGCUGCACCGCGUCCAUCCUCCACCUGUGCGUAAUUGCGCUGGACCGCUACUGGGCCAUCACGGACGCGGUGGAGUACUCCAAGAAGCGCACGCCGGCGCGCGCAGCCGGCAUGAUCGCCACCGCCUGGGUGAUCGCCAUCUCCAUCUCCCUGCCGCCUUUCUUCUGGCGCCAGGUGAAGGCGGAGGAGGUGACGAGCUGCAACGUGAACACCGACCACAUUUUCUACACCAUUUACUCCACCUUCGGCGCGUUCUACAUCCCCACGCUGCUGCUCAUCGCGCUGUACGGGAGGAUUUAUGUGGAGGCACGAAAGCGCAUCCUGAAGCAGUCGCACAAUAAGCCGGGGAAGAGGCUCACCUCGGCGCACCUGAUCACCAACUCCCCCGGCUCGGUGGCGUCCACAACCUCCCUGAACUACGGGACGAACGACACCUCCUCCUGUGACACUACCUCGUCCGCGAACGUGAGCCAAGUCAAAGUCACUGUGUCCGACGCGCUGCUGGAGAAGAAGCGGAUCUCCGCCGCCCGGGAGAGGAAGGCCACCAAAACUUUGGGAAUAAUCCUGGGAGCCUACAUCAUAUGCUGGCUCCCGUUUUUCAUUUACACUCUUCUAGUGCCUGUGUGCGAGUCCUGCUUCCACCCGGAGCUAUUUGACAUCUUCACCUGGCUGGGUUACCUCAACUCUUUAAUCAACCCCAUCAUUUACACCAUGUCUAACGAGGACUUCAAACAGGCUUUCCACAAACUAAUACGGUUUAAAUGCUGCAGGGCAUGAACGAUGACGACCAGCCAUAAUACCCCCCCCUUCAGACCCCAUCUCUAAUCAUCUGUAUAAUGCCAGAAACCCACCCACAAAUAUGUCACUCCCCAGGUUUCCCCUGAGGGCGCCCACACAUUGUUUAUGGUAAUGUGGCUGCAGAAUGAGCCUGAGGACUGUGGAAAUGUAUUGAGCUGCCAUCCCGUCUGCAUUGUGUGAU